CCCUUAAAAUUGUAAACAAAUCAACAGCUGAUGUAUUACACUGAUUUCUAGCAAUACUUCGGCAAAGAAAUUAAAUAUAUAGUAGAUAUAAUAUUCUAAAAAAAAUUCCUGCGAGCUUCUGCUGUGCUGCUACUGCAAUGUUACGAAAUGUGCCUCGCUGCAAUCAGCAUUUACUACACAUAGAAUGGAGCACCAAAAGUUGUUCCCAUAUUUCAACCACAAGUGGAGCCAUUGCUUAUGCAAAAGCCGAUAACAUCAAGUUUCAGAGUAAAGUAAUCAGUAAACUUGUUGGACAACGUAUAUCUGGCAGCAAAAAGCGUUGGUACCCCAGUAAUGAUGCAAAUACUUCCAAUUCAACUAGACACCACAAUGCUGAGAUGUUUAACAGUGCGCAUAUUACCAAAUCCACUGGCAGUGGUGGUGGCAAAAAUACAACACGUCGUAUGGUGGUACUGAAUAAAUUAUUUAUGAAACACAUCACCGACCUCUUGGCAACUGGCGAAGCCUCGGAGUCUAUAUUAGGACGUGGUUUGCAAGUGACACGUGUAAAGAUCUCACCAGAUUUCGCAUAUAUAAACGUGUAUUGGUUGGGAAGUGGCGUGCCAUUAGCUGAUGCACUACUCGAAACGGAAUUGCAGCGUUGCAGUGGUCGUCUACGACAUGAACUCUCGCAAUUAAUGUUGAUGAGUGAAGUUCCACGCAUUAAAUUUGCACGUGAGAAAAAAUUGUCAAAUAUUGCACAAGUGGAGGAGCUGUUACGGACUAUGGAUUUUGGUGCGGACACGGAAGAACCAACCGAUGCAAGUGCACAAACUGCAGGUGAACAAGUGCCUUUGAAACACAAUUUAGUGGCUAACCUGAUGCAACGUGAGUUUUAUGGCAAAAAUGAUAUAGAAGAGACAAGUCUCAAUGAGCAUGAUAACGAGGAACAAUUUCCUGAAAUGCGACAUGAUGUACUUGGGUUGGAUCAUCGGCAUAUCAUGUCAAAAAUAUUGACGAAAAUGCGUAAAUCUCAACAGGCUUGGGAGCAGCACGCACGAAAAGAUAGUGCCACUGUUAGCACAAAUCAGGUAGUUAAUACCGCUGAAACGCUUGAGCAAAUUAAACAACGGCUUGCUGAGGCAUCGGAGAAGUCGGCAAGUUUCGAAAAGUUUCUGGCCAAAAGACGUGAGCGUAAAAAUACGCCAGAGCGUAAACGACAUGAUCGCGCAUCUGAGUGGACGGAUGAACGUGCUGAACAAGCGGCGUUGGAAGCAGCAGCUGCCACAGUGCUUACACCUAAACAACGACGGUUGUUGGAGGCGGAAGAUUAUUUAUUUGAAGAUCAAUAUGAUGAACAUAAUCCAAAUGCCAAAUAGAAAUCAUUCAAAACACAAACAAGUUAGUGUAUACAAUAUCAAGUUAAUUCGUUUAACUAACGUAAAUAAAAUCGUUAUUUUAGUGUAAAACUUGUUUAAUUCUUUUAUUUAUAUUGAAAUUUAUAAUUUAUAAAAACUAAAAUAUCUGAAAGAAAUAGUAAAUACAUAAAGAUGUUGCGGUAUUGACACAUUGACCCUGUUGAAUAGCAGUCCCACCUAAAACAAAUUGAGAAAAUUAAAAUUAGUAAAUUUUAUAAAUACUAAAAUUUUUUUUUAUUUUUAAUUAAAUCAGUUAAAAACUUAUAUGACAUCAACGUUUUUUCUCAGUCGAAAGAUGGUGAAAGUUUUAUUCAUCACAAAAUUAACAAAGCGAAAUUAUAUUUUUCAAAUUCUACUAUUUAUGCAAAUCUGUGUAAUUUACUUUUUACUCACCUAAAAUAACAGAAUUAUUGGCUUCGCUGGAGUCAAGUCAAUAAAAGCUCAUAUAUUGUUUACAAAGAGCGGCAUCCUUUUCCAACUGUUUCAUGAUGCAGCCAUAUUUGUUGACAAAUAGCAAUAGUAACUGCGGAGAUACGCCACCCUGCUGUAAAAAUCACAUUUAAACAUACAACACUUUUUCCCACUCUCCAAUGCUGUGAAAGACCCUAACACCUGCACCCAAAUUUUUAAAAUAAAAGUUGCAAUUUAAACGUGUAAAACUUUACUUUCUUUUAUUUCAUAGAAAUAAAAUUCAACUAUGUUGUAAUAGGUUAUGUCAGUUUGCAAAUAUCCUUGGAAAAUAUAUUAUAUAUAUAAAUAUCCAAGGAUAUUGGCAUUCAAUUUAAACCCUCCCAUGCUGACGUUGUUGACUGAAACUUGAGCAGUAACCUGUAAAUAUAAGAUAAGAACUCAAUUAGCAAUUAUUUACACAUUAGAAAAUUUAAACAAAGUAUUUAGUAUUACAUUUAAUCAGUUAAAAACUUAUAUGACAUCAACGUUUAUUAUCAGUCGAAAGAUGGUGAAAGUUUUAUUCAUCACAGUAAUAAUCAAAUAUCUAAAUUUAUCUUUGACUCACCCAGAAGUUUGUGCACGUUUUUUUGUUGUACCAGCGUUUGCUAGUGGACCCCGUUACAAAGAAUUGGUAGCUUAUUCGAAGAGACCGAAGCCCAUAUCGUCAUCCUCAGAUUCGGAUUCUUCCUUCUUCUCCUCUUUCUUGGCUUCCUUCUUGUCACCACUAGCCUCAGCGGCAGCUGGAGCAGCUACAGCA